AUGAAGGCUCAACUCCAGGCUAGCAAACCGCCUGAGACGCCUGGACCGCCCAUCGCGAGCGAGCUCAUUGAGCUCCCCGAGCCUAAUAGCGAGUACUCAGACUCGGAAGACGAGAAUCGCCCGCGAAACUUUGAUCCACCAGAUUGGGCUCAGUCACCGGAGCUUAGGCAGGCCCUCGAGUCGCAGAGAACCAUGAAUCCAGACGACAUUUUUGGAGCAAUACGGCCGUUGCGAAUGGAGGAUAUGUUCAGAACCAGACAGAGCCGCUUCCGUGCAAGGACUAGUUCUGCAAACUGGUCUGGUAUGGAUGGGCUGACAGAAGAGGAGGAAGGAGAGUAUGCGAGGAGGAUGGGGUUCAGAUGA